GUCGCUCCUUCGUUUGUUUUUUUGUUUUUUUUCUACAGAGUUGCAGCAUUCCCCGAGGAAGUGCAGGCGCUGGUCUUGCUGCAAAGAAAAUCCGUCCAGACGUCAACGCGCGCCAGCAUUCCAGCUGACUGGAGCUGCUGCCUCGUGGGAAGACGCAUUGUGCGCUCGCGCUGCCAUAGGCUCCGCUCUUGUCGCCCCUUGCUGCUGCAGCGUUAAUUGUCGGUAGCUUAUAGCUCGGGCGCGCGUUGCGGCUCCUCUUUCAAAGCAAGGAUUCGCACUGUAACUUUUUUUCUUCUAUUUUACAACGAACCAUCUUUUAUCAUAAAAAGUGACUUUUAUGAGUAAGCAUUACCGUUAGAAGAUCGUUUGGUAGGUUACUGAUGGUGCAACGUUGGCGGGAAGGUGCGGGACAGGCAGCUCGUUGAGAGUUUUUUUUUUUUCCUCCCUUUUUUCACUUCGGGCUUGCCCGUUUACAGUAGACGGACAAAGCGCGUGCACAAAACGGACUUAUCCACUCAUCACCCGGACGACUGGACGGGACGGAUCGGCAAAGCAAACGCGAAUUCAUUGCAUUCGAUAAACGACGAAGAAUAUAUGCGCGCUCCCUAUCGCUAGAACACUCUCUUGAUUGCUAUCCUCGGCACUACCCAGUAUCACCAUUGAUCAAUGAACGGUUGUUACAUGGUACUUGCUUAUUUUUGUGGCGCUGGCUCCGUUCUGUUGUUACGGACGCUUAAAUGCUCAUUUAGGAUAAACCGGUGUACUUUUUUACUUUUGAGAAAUUAGCCGAACAUUUUGAUAAUACCAUUAGCUAGAUACGAUUUAAUAAUCACAUAUCUUAAGCAUGGACACGUUGCCAAUUUAAGCAGAAUAAUUGAACGCUUCGCCGCUUAGUUAAUUAAAUAAUUUUGGUUCUACAGCCAGGGAAUUUUUAAAGGCGAGGUUUUUUUUUUGGAUUCGUUAUUCUUUUUAAAAAUGGCAAUUAACACAGAUGCCGAGUUUCAGAAAACUACCUUGGGAGGGGGUACCGUUGUGCCGCCCGCGGAAUCCCUGGAGACGGAAAAACUUCUCUGCGCCGUCACCACCGAGCCCUCCCGUGACGGCGACAUCAAGCUCUCCAACUCUUUCACGGCCAACCUCGGGAGCGUAAAGUCCCUGGACAGCGAGCAAAACGGACACAGUUCGCCGGUGAGGUCGGGGUCCGCGGGGACUCUCGGGGCGCGGCCUCUGUCCCCGUCCCGCGUAAGUUUGAGCCGCUCUUCUCUGGGGAAUACCGUUAAGGAGCAACCGCCACCUCGGGAUUAUCUGAUACUGGUCGUCCUCUCCUGCUUUUGUCCCGUCUGGCCCGUCAGCAUCGUUGCGCUGGUGUAUUCAGUUAUGGCCCGGAGCAGUCUGGCUCAGGGGGAUGUGGACGGAGCGCGGCGACUUGGACGUGUGGCUCGCUUCCUCAGCAUCAGCGCCAUCCUCAUCGGGAUCCUAGUGAUCACCAUCUGCGUCAUUACAUAUCUGACAUAGGCACAGAGGACCGCAAGGACGACCCAAACCUGAUGAAUUCAUCUGUAAAAUACAUAUUAAUCUGGCAAAACAGAAUUUAAAAUGUGAAAAAAAAGAAUUUCCUUCCAUUCCAAAAAAAAAAAUUAAGAAAACAAGUUUCUGCGCCCUUCAUAAAGCAAAAAAGUCUUGAGUCACAGCCAAGGGAAAUAUGAAAUAUGAAAUAUGCAAGCAAAAAAAAACAAUAAAUACGUUCAAAAGAGAAACACAUGCAUGCUGUAGCUAACAUCUACUUGAAAGUAAAAAAACGAAGAAGAAAAAAAUAAAACAUAAAAAAGACAUAUUAACACAAAUACCUUUACGGACAGACAGAGGAAAAGGACAGAGGCACAGCGUGUAUCCAUGGAGCAUCGCUGCGGUAACUAUGGAGCAUCUCUGCGGUAACUAUGGAGCAUCUCUACGGUAACUAUGGAGCAUCUCUGCGGUAACUACGGAGCAUCUCUACGGUAACUAUGGAGCAUCUCUGCGGUAACUAUGGAGCAUCUCUGUGGUAACUAUGGAGCAUCUCCAUGGUAACUAUGGAGCAUCUCUGCGGUAACUAUGGAGCUCUGGAGUAACGGUGGUGUACCCGGAGUCUGACAGAGGAACAGAGGUCCCGGGACAGUGGGGCGUUCUCUCAGCGCCCCAAACGGAGACGGACACAGCGAGGGUCGUGUGUGGGGAGCGCCGGGGUGAGAGAGCGACGGGGGACAGCUGUCUGCGUUCACAAGCGGAUGCAAUUAUACCAAUAUGAUAUUCACAGCGUGUAUUCCUGCAUUGUUUUCUAUAUGAGAGGUGUGUAUGCAUAAAGAGGCCAUAAAGAGCAGCAGUGAUGGGAUAGAGGAGGAAGAGGAGGUGGAGGAGGAGGAGAAGGAGGAGGAAGAGGAGGUGGAGGAGAGGACUUGGGUGCGGGUGGAGCAGUCUUGCGGUCUAUCGUCCCAGUCUGCGGCCGUGACGGAGAGAAAGUUUUUUUUGUUUUUUUUUUGGAAUCGGUUAUUGUUGUUUUUGUAUUUUUCGACGAAAAAAAAAUGACCACCUGCAUGCUUUUUAAAAAAUACUGGGUGUGUGUUUGUCUGAGUCAUCACUGCGUGCUGACACCAGCUCCAGGACAGAGUAGCUUCCAUGGGGGGGGGGGGGGGGCGGGGAUCUGCAUUUUCCUAAUGAUUCCGACACCUCCAGGCUUCCGGCAAUGAAAAUGUGAUUCAUCUGAACAUAAAAAUGAAAUAUCAGCCUGUAGGUGAGUGUGGUGCAUGCAAAACCAGAGGCUUCCCGUGGAAACUCUUUUGAUUGGUGCGGUGUGAGUGUGACUGUAGGCGGGGGUGGGUGGGGGUGGGGGGGGGGGGGUUGUGUGAACUGUGGAUGUGAGAUUUGGGGUUGCCUGGUAACCCGAGAUGUCCUGCAUUUCAGCCAAUGACAGGUGGCCCUGAGCUGGGUGCGUGUACUUAAACAUUUUCCCUGGCACGGAUGAAUUCCUACAGGACAUGCCUGAACACCGCGAUGGACAGAUAUGGCUCCUCCCGCGAACCUGCCAAACUUUGGCCUGCUGUUUGGCUCCUGUGUGCGAAUGUGUUGGAUUUGAUAAAUAACCAUAGCAACUCCCAAUAUUAUCCCCCCCCCCCGAACCCUCCAACCCCCAAGCAUGCAGCAUGCAUGUUGCAUCCUGUAAUUGAGAAAGGAAACCGUGGCAACCCCCCCCCCCCUCCCCGCCAGAACUGUGAACAGCUGGAGGAGGAGCUAUUCGGAAAACUACAUGCGCUCGAUCUGGGUCAAGACCCCCCCACCCCCCCAAAAAAAAAUUAAAACACCUAGCCUUGUCCCACACACACACACAGAAUUCCUCACGAAUGCUCCCCACCCUCCGCCCUGCCGCACCCACCCUACCCCCCUCUGUUGGUGUAGUAUAGCGAUAUUAUGUAAGCAUGCUCUGGGACAACAUUGUACAAUAGCAGAAUGCCCUCAUAUCCUUCAGUGUAACGAGUCUGUAGUGACAUCACAGCCUGCAGUUUGGGGGGUGGGAAAGGGGGGGGGGGUGGUGUUGUUUGGGGAAAAAUAAAUACCCUUGAUACACGUGACAGCUGUUUCACUCAAAAAACGUUUAGCAUCAAUACACACUUUUACUUUUAACUUUCAAGGAGAAAUGCACCCUCUCGUAUCUUAUGAAUGUUAGAGCAAGAGACACUUUUUUAAUGAGAAAUAAAUCUUGGAUCAUUGCAGAUAAAUCGUUGGGGUGAAAGUGUUAAAGCUGAACCCACAUCUUUUGUCGACUUUCUUACAAUUAAUGUACUCUACAAAAUAAUGAACACGUUCUGUAACACUUCA